GUGCUACUUGAUUGGACCAUAAUUGGUGGGCAGUUAGGGCGGCGCGGAUGAUACGCGCAUAUCGGGUCUAAGUCAGAGCUGGGUGUAGCUGGGCCUCGCUCGUCUCGUCGUCACUAUGCCUCACACCGAAUGCAUGUGCCCCUCCUCAGCCGACUGAGCCCUCGACCUCGACUUGUGCACCCUUUUCUACCCCAUUUUUGCUGUAUUCGGUUCAAAUCCAUUCCCGAUCUGCCCGACAGCUCUCGGUAUUGUCGCACAACAGACAACCCUUCUCAAAUAGUACCAUAUCUAUCAAUCGAAUCGAACCCGUCACUGGCUGCCCACGUCGUCCCCACCAUCACAGCUUAUUACUACAGGUGGCAACUUUCCCCAGACCAGCGACACACGUCCCGUCCACCACAGAGCGCACCCAACUCGACAUCGCAUAUCGACGUCCGCGCCCCUCUUCCGCACUUCCUUCGCACCUUUAAAAACGCCGUGAUCCAUAUCGAGACUCACAGCGAGGUGCACCGAAGUGCCGGAAGAGUCUAAGCCGCCCAUCACUCCGGCUCAAUGAGUCACAACUUACUGUGGAAAGCCUACCAUGAGGACAACGUCGACAGGUUUCGGCGCCUGCUGGCCCCCGCCGGCUACAACGCCCAGAGCGCCUCCAAGAGCCCCAGCGUAGGAGGGACAGGGGGAGGGGCUGCGAGCCCCGGCGCGUUCGGGACAUCGCCCAGGAACGCCUUCAGGUCGCGCAAGGCCUCGGCCUUUGGCCCGGGCCCGGGCGGCGCGCGGUCGGGCAACGUGAACUUUGGUCGCGCCGAGGUCAACAGCCGCGACUACAUGGGCCUGACCAUCCUCCUGCGCGCCGCCUCCUCCGACUCCGCCAACGCCAUCGCCUUUGUCGAAGCCCUCCUCGACCACCCCGCCGUCGACAUCUACGUCCAAGACCCCGAGAGUGGCUGGAAUGCCCUCCACCGCGCGCUUUACACUGGAAACGUCUCCAUCGCGAGACUGUUGCUAGACAAGGAGCGAAGGGAUCUGUCAGGCCUGACUGUUGGCGCAUCUGUCUCCAGGGUCGGCAGGCUCAUAAAGACCAAGGACAACGAGGGCAACAGUCCUUUCGACUUGUACAACUCGACGAUUGGCGAGAGAGAUCUGAAGGGCCUGGACGAUGCGGAUAAGUCGGACGAUGAUUCGGAGAGCGAGGAAAUACCGGUUACGACGGACAACGCUGGCAGCAGCGGUCUGCUGGACAUUGUUAAUGGGACCGAAGUCUUCGCGUUUGGAAGCAACAAGAACUUGUCGCUUGGUCUCGGAGACGAGGAUGACCGACAGUACCCCGAGCGCGUGUACCUUGAGCGCCCUGAUCAUCUGAUCCAAAGGUUCUACGAAGAAUAUCUCGGGAAAGGGGGGCUUGAGACGCCCGAGCAGAUCCCGACGCUCACCCGUCACAAGGAGCUGCUCGUGCAUGAUGUGGCCCUGUCGAAAUACCACAGUGCCAUUCUGACGACAGACCCGGUCUCCAACUUGUACGUCUGUGGCAUUGGCCGCGGGGGCAGACUCGGACUGGGAGAUGAGAACACCCGGUUUACGUAUGCUCCCGUGCAAGGCGGCCUGACCAACAAGAAAGUGACUCAAGUUGCGCUGGGACAGAACCACACCUUGGCCGUCACGUCGGAAGGUGGCUUGUAUAGCUGGGGGUCCAAUGCAGACUCCGCGCUUGGUUAUGCACUGCCUGAGCCCCCUCCUGGAGAAGAGGCUAUGAGUCUUCUACCCAGGCAGUUGUUCGGGCCACUCAAGAAGGAGGCUAUAGUUGGCGUAGCUGCGUCAACUAUCCACUCGGUGGCGUUCACGAGCACCGGCAGUCUUUACUGCUGGGGUCGCAAUACUGGCCAGCUGGCUCUGAUGGAUGCGGACUCUCGGUCACUUGAGGUGCAGCAGACACCUAGAAAAGUAGCCGCUUCCUUGUUAAACAGUGGUAUUACCAUGGUUUCGGCCAUCGACAAGGCGACGACCUGUCUCCUUGCGAACUACACCGUGGUUGUAUUCACAAGCUAUGGCUACAAUGUCGUCAAGUUCCCAUUUGGCGAAGCCGGGCUCACAAGCCAUCGUCUGGGCAACAUUUCCAUGUCCUCGCGUUACGAUGCAGAGCGGAACCGGAUCAAGUACAUCGCCUCGGGCGGCGAGACCAUUGUAGGAGUAAGCGGCCGUGGCGACCUCUUCUCCAUGAAUCUCACCAAGAAAGCGGAUACCCAGUUGUCCACGUCCACUACAAAUCCAUCAAAGAUCAAAGGCGCUGUCAGCCAGCCGAUCUGUAUCUGGAGCGCUCACAAGGACGGAGUGCGGUCCGUUGACGUGGGUGAACAUGGUGCAGUCAUCAUCAGCACACAAUCAGGGGCAGUAUGGCGGCGUAUAAUCAGGGCCAAAGCAAAAGACACUCACGUGGCCGGGUCCAGUGAAGCAAGGCGCAAGGACUUCAAGUUCCAGCGUGUGCCGGGAAUCACCAACAUCGUCACAGUUCGAAGCUCUGUGUUCGGGGCCUUCGCGGCCGUUCGCAAAGACUCAGAAGUCAUGCGCGAGCAGGUCAAUGUUGGUCGCCAGACCCUCUGGGACGACAUUGCACCACUCAAUUGUCUACGGGACUUCAAGUCCUCUGAUCCAGGGCCGAAAGGGAAGGGAAUUCUGAAGACCUGGGAUGCUACAACACUCCACCAGAAACUGGGGUCGGUCGCAUUUGAAGUACUGAAAUCGCCCGACCUCGAAAAGGACCUUCAGAACUACUUGCUCUUGUGGCGGCCCACGAACGAGUCUACGCAGACUGCUCUGGAUGCCGUCAUCCGAUCUUCUUCUCUCCCAGAGCUACAAGUACCCAUCCACAGCUGGGUACUUUCCGCCAGGAGCCCAGUUCUCCGACAAGCGCUGUGGUCCUUCCGGACCAGCGGCACUUACAAGACCUCCGAUGUUUUCGGAAUUGAGAAGCUCGGGGAAAAGAUUGCCGUGACUUUUACUGGCCUUGACAUCAUUUCCCUACUGAACCUGGUUGUCUACAUGUACGAAGAUCGUGUCAUUCCUGCGUGGAACUACACUCGCCACGACCCGUCCCUAGCCUAUAGGUAUCGCCAAAUUCGAGCUGAAGUCGUCAAGACAGCAAGCAAUCUUGAGCUCGGAAAGCUGGAGAACUCAGCUCAGAAGCAAGUCGACCCUCAAAGGCAACUAGAUGAGGAUUUGCGAUCAGCACUGGAAGACCCACAGUUCUUCGAGGAUGCAGACGCCGUUGUGGAGCUCGAGGGUGACGAGAUGCUUGUUCACAGCUCCUUGUUGUGUCAAAGGUGCCCCUUCUUCGAGGGUCUGUUCUACGGACGCUCCCAGGGUAUGUGGCUAGCAAGCCGACUUGCCGCUCAGGGGCCUUCAGAAAGGAUCCCCGUCGACCUGAAGCACAUCCAACCAGAGACUUUCAAAUUUGUUCUCAGUUAUCUUUAUGCUGACACAGGAGAUCAAAUGUUCGACGGAGUCGUGACGGACAAUCUGGACGAAUUCACUGACUUGGUGAUGGACGUUCUUUCUGUCGCGAAUGAGCUUAUGCUCGAUCGUCUGUCACAAAUCUGCCAGCAGGUCUUGGCUCGGUUCAUAAACACCCGCAACAUUGCACAUUUCCUGAACGCCAUCAGCCCGUGCUCUGUUACAGAGUUUAAGGAUGCUGGCCUGGAAUAUAUAACUCUUCAACUGGAGAAUAUGCUCGAGAAUAACCUGUUGGCCGACCUCGACGAGGAGCUACUACUCGACCUGGACGAAGUGGUCAGAGGAAAUCAGCUUGCUCGAUACCCGUUUGCGAGGAGCGGUCGGGCGACGCUCCUGCUUCACGAACAAUAUCCAAACCUGGCGCAGGACAUAGAUGAGGAGAGACAACGCAGGGUCAAGGAAAUGGCUUUCAAGGCCAAUCAAAGGGAGGACGAGAGGAAGCUCUCAUCCUCGCUCAAGGGCAAAUUCGGCAGCCUCGAGGAUGUGCAGCCCGCACCUCCCUCUCUGGAGAAGUCCAAGGGCAAGGGUACCGCUAAAAGAAAUGAACCCUUUAGUCCUGACCUUCGCCCCAAAGCUGGUCAGGCUGACCUCAUGUUCGAUAUGGACGAAGAUGAGGGACCACUGGAGAGCCCAUCCUUACGCCCUAAGAGGACUGUGAGCUCACGGCAAAAAGCCGAACUCGACCAAAUCCCUUCGUUGAGCGAAUCCUUCCGCGGUCAACGCCCAAGACCUGUCCGAGACUCGCCUUUAGGCUCUUCGCCAGCUGGUCUGGGAUUUGACUCGACUUCCGUGACUGGCCAACCUUCGGCGACGCCUCCUAUCAAGUCAGGGAGCCCGUGGGCCUCUGCGAAGCUGCCGACUGCCAAGCUUGACCUGAAGGAAAUCAUGAAUGAGACGCCGCCUGCACGUUCGGCUCUGUCUGCUGGCCUGGCCGCGCAACAGGCGAAAGAGGCGUCGGCAAAACCAUCACAGACGAAGUUGUCACAAAAGGAGCGCAAGAAACUACAACAGCUCCAAGCGGAACAGGCCGCUGAGUUCGCAAAGGCAUUAUCGGACAAGACCCCCUGGGAGAAACCAAGGGCAGACUCCAGGCCAUCACCUUGGAAGGCACCAUCCAGCGAGCCUAAAGUCGCACCCAAGGAUAGCCGGGCAGAUGCGCCACUGUCAGCCCCGCCAGUCACGAAGCCCCUCGUGGCAGCAGAAGCGUCCGCAAAGUCCAUCCCGCGACGGACACAGUCCCCAGACACGCGGCACUCGGGCCAGUCGCGGACACCAGCAGCAACGCCCCCGGUCCGGCCACCACCACGUACCUCGUCCACCUCCACCUCCACCUUCUCGGCUGACAUGUCCAACAAGCCGGUCGUGCCACACUCCAAGUCAUACAUCAAGCCGGCGGCCAAGUCGGAGCCGAUCAUCGGGCUCAGCAUGGCCGACAUCAUCGACCAGGAGCGGCGGACCCUCGAGAGCGCCAAGGAGGCGGUGGCCAAGCGCAGCCUCAUGGAGAUCCAGCAGGAGCAGGCGUUCCAGGAGUGGUGGGAGGAGGAGUCGCGGCGGACGCAGGAGGAGGAGGCGAGGCGGUCGAACCGCGAGAGGGAGAGGGAGGAGGGGAAGAACAGCGGCGGUGGUGGCAAGGGCCGACGGGGCCGGAGUGGUAAGCCUCGGGGAGGCAGUAGAGGGGCCGGGGCCGGUGGUGUGAAUCCCGGCCCCGGCCCCGCCGCCGCCGUUGCUGCUGGUGCUGAGGGCGAAGCGGCACGACAACAGAAUCAGGAACCGGGGAGAGGAGGCCGCGGGAACAGACGCGGUAGGGGUCGGGGAGGCGCUGCGAAGGCCUCGACUUGACGCAUUUGGCCAGAACACACGUUGCAAGUGCUGUAAAUCUGAGGCAAGCUUGUGUUUGCCACAACUGUCUGAUUGUCUGCAUGGGAUUUGGUUAGAUCGCCGUAACUGUUCAAAGAUCAUUUGGCUCUGUGCCGUGGCUUAUUGUCUUUUUGGAUUCAUGGUAUAUAUUUCCGGAUCGGGCCCAUAGAAUAUAAAGAGGUGGCGGCCGUGUGUUCAAGCUUUCAAACUUGCCAUGGGGCAUUACAUUCUGAAGAUUUUACAGAGACAACUAAUUAUGCUUGUUUCGGAUCAAAGUUUACAAAGGUGCAG